AUGUGGUAUUCUUUGCUGCUGUGUUUGCUGUUUUUACAACUGGAAGCUAAUCCUGGUCUUAAAGUGAGGAUUACUCAGAAAGGGCUGGACUAUGGCAGGAAGAUUGGGAUGGAGCUCCUGAAGCAAGCAGUACUGAAAGAGACCUUCCCAGGCUGGAGUGGGCAGGAGAGUUUCUUAGCUAUGAAGAUCAACUAUAUGAUUUCAAACAAAGACCAAGGAAGAAUUACAGUGUCCAUCUCAGGACUGUUUAUUGCAGUUAUCUUCAAAGUAUCACGGGACAGCACAGGCCACUUGUCCAUAUUGCUACACAACUGCCAGCUGAGCAUUAGUAGGGUAAAAGUCAAGUUAAAUGGAGGAUCUAGCUGGAUAGCCAGCUUCCUGUCUGGUUAUCUUGAGAAGCCCAUUCAAAACAAAUUGGAUGAAAAUCUAUGCCUAAACAUCAAAUACAAAAUACAAAUGAUGGAUGCACAGCUUAGAAAACAUAAGGUCUUAAGCCAGAUAGAUGCCUUUGCACAAAUAGACUAUUCCCUAGUUAGUUCUCCAGCAGUCUUGAAAUCACACAUUAACUUGGAUUUGAAGGGCACAGUUUAUCCAGUAGGAAAUCACACAGACCCUCCCUUUGUGCCAGCUCCAUUUGGUCUCUCAAAUCGUGGUGAUUCCAUGCUCUACCUGGGAGUCUCCAAUUAUUUUCUUAAGUCUGCUUCACUGGCUUACUACAGAGCAGGGGCCUUUAACAUCACCAUUUCCAAAGAGCUUGCUGCUACAUUUAACCUAAAUACAGCCAUACUUAAAGAUUUUGUUCCUGAGAUUACUCUGCAUUAUGUAACAGCAUGCCCAGUGCUUCUGAAACUGAUGGCUACAUCACCAGCUGUGGUCAGUUUGCAGGCAGACAGAUGCAGCCUACAGAUCUCUGGCUGUGUAGAAGUGUUUGCUGUUCUGCCAAAUUCAACUUCCCAGCACAUCUUUACAGGGAAUCUAACAGCAAGUACCAGAGCUGAUCUGACAAUAACCAAACAGAAGCUGAUAAUCUCAUUACUUCUGAAGAGGCUCCAGUUCUCCCUGCUGAACGCUACUGUUGGCUUCUCUGAGGUCUCACUGGUAAAGAAUUUUCUGUCUUACGCUUUACGGAAUGUAGUGAUCCCAGUAAUCAAUGAUAAACUAGGAAAAGGAUUUCCUAUUCCUAACUUCGCCCACACUACCCUGAUUGGACCUGUAAUAAAAAUGAAUCAGGGUCAUCUGUUGAUUUUCACUGAUGUUCACUACAAACAUGAGGAAGGGGAAGAUGAGGACCUUCACAGUCAAUCCUAA